CUUUUCAACACUCAAGCGCAAAAGCCUCGCUCAAGCAAACAAGAGUCGCUGCAGGCAAUUCGCAUAGCGUAUGGACAACUGUGAAUUCAAGAGGAAAAAAACACCCAAGAGGGAGAAAAAUGAAGCUGAAGAGCGAUAUUUUGUUUAGUAUGCACAUGAUUCCCUUUUUUUUAUUGCAAGUUUCACAUUUGCACUUGCGAAAAAAGUAAAUUUACUCAUGGUAAUGUUAAAACACGCAGAUUUAUUUUUUUAAACCUGGUAUUUUUGCGUUUGGCAAUGGCAGAGAGGAUUUGACAAUUUUUUUAUUUGCGCAACCCAAAUCCUCAGCUCUACAGCUCAACCCACAAAUGAAUGUUCUUUACAAAUGUGGCACCAUUUAAAAGAGAAAUGAGCAGGCUUUCCAACAGCAUGAGAUUUAUUUCCAAGAAGCAUUGUUGCAACAGAGAAAUACGAAAUCUAACUUACUAAACACACAUUUUCUUACUUGUUGUGCUAUAUUAACUUUCCAUACUAAAGAACAAACAAUGUUAAAUACUGUAUUACUUCUACUUAAGUGUGGAGCUUAAAGAACACUUCAACUUCUACUUUUUGAUAGAGAACUUGUAUAUUGCUCAAAUCUGGGUACCUUAUACAUGUCUGGUUGUGACUCCACAGCGCGGUUAGCCUAGUUAGUGAUCUUUCUGUGGGUGAAGUUUCCCUUUAACGCUGUGUCUCUAUUGGUUCAGUCCUCCACUCCCCCUUCCUCCAGCCUCAGCGUUUCCGUGUUGAGAGCUGUGUGUGUGUUUGAGCUGAAUGAGGAGCUUUAUGCUGGUUUAAACAGCUCGGCUCUCCGCAUUUAGUAACAUGUCUGAUAAAGGCUCUUUCGACACUAACGUGGUGACCCUGACCAGGUUUCUGCUGGAGGAGGGGAGGAAGGCGAAGGGGACGGGAGAGCUCACCACACUGCUGAAUGCUCUCUGUACAGCUAUUAAAGCCAUCUCCAGCGCUGUCAGGAAGGCAGGCAUAGCCAACCUCUAUGGAAUUGCUGGGAGUACAAAUGUGACUGGGGACCAGGUGAAGAAGCUGGACAUUCUCUCCAAUGACCUGGUCAUCAACAUGAUCAAAUCUUCCUUCACAUCCUGUGUGUUGGUCACAGAGGAGAACGACAGCGCAAUUAUUGUGGAGCCUGACAGAAGGGGAAAAUAUGUGGUUUGCUUUGACCCUCUUGAUGGAUCAUCCAACAUUGACUGUCUGGCUUCUAUUGGGACCAUCUUCGCCAUCUAUAGAAAGUGCACAAAGGAUGAGCCGAAUGAGAAGGAUGCCCUACAGCCUGGCAGAAACAUUGUGGCUGCUGGGUAUGCGCUGUACGGCAGCGCCACCAUGGUGGUACUCUCCACUGGCCAGGGAGUCAACUGCUUCAUGUUGGAUCCAGCCAUUGGGGAGUUCAUUCUGGUGGAACGGGAUGUCAAAAUAAAGAAAAGAGGAAAGAUCUACAGCCUGAAUGAAGGAUAUGCCACCUACUUUGAUCCUGCUGUUACAGAGUAUCUGCAGAAGAAGAAAUUCCCAGAGGAUGGCAGUGCACCCUAUGGAGCACGCUAUGUUGGCUCCAUGGUAGCAGAUGUGCAUCGAACUCUUGUUUAUGGAGGCAUUUUCCUCUACCCAGCCAAUGUAAAGAGUCCCAAAGGAAAGCUCAGACUGCUGUAUGAGUGUAACCCCAUGGCCUUCAUUACGGAGCAGGCUGGAGGAAUGGCAACCACAGGGGCAGUGAAUGUGCUGGACAUCCAGCCUGAGAACAUCCAUCAGCGAGUUCCUGUGGUGCUGGGUUCCCCAGAGGAUGUUCAAGAGUAUAUUGCUAUCUACCAGAAACAUCAUAAAUGACCAGACACUUAAGACCUUCUAAAGAUGGUCUGAAUGAGAGACCAAAGAUCAAAUGCCAAACAUUCCAAACUGAGAUUCCAAAUGAUCACAUUUACACUCCAUAAAGUUUACUAUAGGAGACAAUUCUCCUGCAUAUUACUGUAUGAAUAUAGAUCUAAAGCAUCUCCACCAUGCAAAAACCUGUUGAUAAAAAGCUAAGUUGUAUUAUUAUGGGUUUUGAGGGCUGUAUAGAUUACAAAGCUUCACAAAAUGAUUGUUCUUUGGAAAACAGUAUAGAUUGACUGGUACCUAAUGGACCAUGCUUUAAAGGUGUAACAGUUUAGGUUACAAAAUGCUGCAUUAUUCCUUCAAUAAAAUUGCACAGAAACAGUAAACUAUUACAUUUUGCACUAACUAGAAGAACAUGCUAAAGCUGAGACUCAUUCUGUUACCUUCUGAAGAAUCCACAAGUUACUAAUAUUGUAAAAGGUCUUAAAAAUGUGCUGCUGGCCAAAAAAACUGGAGCAAGUCAAGCCAUUCUAAAGCCUGACCAAUCUAUGCAUUACAAACCAAGUGCCUUUUCGAGUGCCAAGUGAACCAAUUGUGCAUUUUUGGAGACGAUUUCAAUAAAAUCAUAUUUUCCAAAGAAGCAAA